GCCGAGGGCGGUGGGCAGCGGGUGGAGUUGGAGGCCGGGGGAGUCGCGGCUAUUGGUGGUGCACCUGAAGGCUGACACUGCGGUCCUGGAAGCUGGGUUUCAGGGGUCCCCGUCGCCAUGAGCCGCUUCAAGGUGUCCAAAUUCCGGCACACGGAAGCCCGGCUAUCCCGCCGUGAGUCCUGGAUCAGUGACAUUCGAGCAGGAACUACUCUCUCUUGUGGGAACCAUAUCAAAUCCAGCUGCAGUUUGAUUGCCUUCAACUCUGACCAUCCAGGUGUGCUGGGCAUCGUGCCUCUGGAAGAUCAGGGAGAGGAGAGGAGACACGUGACCCACCUGGGCUGCCAUUCUGACCUGGUCACAGACUUGGACUUCUCUCCCUUUGAUGACUUCCUCCUGGCCACAGGAUCAGCCGAUAGGACGAUGAAACUGUGGCGACUGCCAGCCCCUGGCCAGGAGCUGCCCUCAGGGCCUGGGCUGGUGCUGGGCCCAGAGGACACCCGGGUAGAGGUGCUGCAGUUCCACCCCACCGUGGACGGCAUCCUGGUGAGCACAGCAGGCACGGCUGUGAAGGUCUGGGAUGUGGCCAAGCAGCAGCCCCUAACAGAGCUGGCAGCCCAUGGGGACCUGGUGCAGGGUGCUGUCUGGAGCCGGGAUGGAGCACUGGUGAGCACAACAUGCAAGGACAAGCAACUCAGGAUCUUUGACCCCAGAACAAAGCCUGAGGCCUUGCAGAGUACACAGGCCCACGAGAACAGCAAGGACGGCCGGCUGGCAUGGACAGGCACCCAGGAACACCUUGUGUCCACUGGAUUCAACCAGAUGCGUGAACGUGAAGUAAAGCUGUGGGACACUCGGCAUUUCUCCAGCGCCCUCGCCUCCCUCACCCUCGACACCUCACCUGGGCCUCUGAUGCCCCUGCUGGACCCAGACUCCGGGCUCCUGGUUCUGGCAGGAAAGGGUGGGAGUCAGCUGCACUGCUAUGAGGUGGCCCCCCAGCAGUUGGCACUGAGCCCAGUGACCCAGUGCCUCCUGGAGAGUGUCCUUCGGGGAGCCGCCCUUGUGCCCCGGAGGGCGCUGGCUGUCAUGGGCUGUGAGGUGCUCCGAGUCCUUCAGCUGAGUGACACGGCCAUCAUGCCCAUCAGCUACCAUGUACCCCGCAAGGCCGUGGAGUUCUACGAGGACCUGUUCCCUGACACUGCAGGCUGCGUGCCAGCCUCUGAACCUCACAACUGGUGGGCUGGGAGCAACCGGCAGGUGCAGAGGGUCAGCCUCAACCCAGCUCAGCAACCCCACCCCAGCUUCACUUCCAGCCUGGUACCCCCUGCAGAGCCCUCCCCUGAUGCAACCCAGCCUGCGGAGCCGCCCACAGGCGACAAGGACCCCAGUGAGGGCUUCUCCUCUCCUCCCAGCUCUCUGAUCUCACCAUCCACGCCAUCCAGCCUGGGGCCCUCGCUCUCCAGCACCAGUGGCAUCGGCACCAGCCCCAGCCAGAGGUCACUGCAGAGCCUUCUGGGCCCCAGUUCCAAAUUCCGCCAUGCUCAGGGCACUGUCCUACACCGAGACAGCCACAUCACCAACCUCAAGGGGCUCAACCUCACCACACCUGGUGAGAGUGACGGUUUCUGUGCCAACCAUCUGCGUGUGGCCGUGCCCCUGCUCAGCAGCGGUGGGCAGGUGGCUGUGCUUGAGCUGCAGAAGCCCGGCCGCCUGCCUGACACAGCACUGCCCACGCUUCAGAAUGGGACAGCCGUGACCGAUCUGGCCUGGGACCCCUUUGACCCCCACCGCCUUGCAGUGGCUGGGGAAGAUGCCAGAAUUCGCCUGUGGCGGGUGCCCCCAGAUGGCCUGGAGGAGGUGCUCACCAUACCAGAGGCUGUGCUCACAGGCCACACAGAAAAGAUCUACUCUCUGCGCUUCCACCCCCUGGCAGCUGACCUGCUGGCCUCCUCUUCCUAUGACCUUACCAUUCGAAUCUGGGACCUUCAGGCUCGAGUCGAGCGGUUGAGGCUGCUAGGCCACCAGGACCAGAUAUUUGGCUUGGCCUGGAGUCCCAAUGGGCAGCAGCUGGCCACUGUCUGCAAGGAUGGACGCUUGCGGGUCUAUGAGCCCCGGAGUAGUCCUGAGCCCCUGCAGGAAGGCCCAGGGCCAGAGGGGAGCCGUGGAGCCCGCAUUGUCUGGGUGUGUGAUGGUCACUGUCUGCUGGUAUCUGGCUUUGACAGCCAAAGCGAGCGCCAGCUACUCUUGUACUCAGCCAAGGCCCUAGCUGCUGGCCCUUUGGCAGUGCUGGGGCUGGACGUGGCUCCUUCCACCCUGUUGCCCAGCUAUGACCCGGAUACUAGACUGGUGCUACUCACAGGCAAGGGUGACACCCGCGUGUUCCUUUACGAGCUGCUCCCUGAGGCUCCUUUCUUCCUGGAGUGCAACAGCUUCACUUCCCCUGACCCCCACAAGGGCUUCGUCCUCCUGCCCAAGACAGAGUGUGAUGUGCGUGAAGUAGAGUUUGCCCGAUGCCUGCGGCUUCGCCAGACCUCCCUGGAGCCUGUUGCCUUCCGGUUGCCCCGAGUCAGGAAAGAGUUCUUCCAGGAUGAUGUGUUCCCAGACACAGCUGUGAGCUGGGAGCCGGCGCUCAAUGCCAAAGCCUGGCUGGGAGGUGCUAACAGACAGCCCCAGCUUCUCAGCCUGCAGCCCCCUGGCAUGACCCCAGUGAGCCAGGCCCCCCGUGAAGCCCCUGCCCGGAGGGCUCCAUCCUCAGCACUCUACCUGGAAGAGAAGUCAGACCAGCAAAAGAAGGAAGAGCUGCUGAAUGCCAUGGUGGCAAAGCUGGGGAAUCGGGAGGACCCACUCCCCCAGGACUCCUUCGAAGGUGUGGACGAGGACGAGUGGGACUAGUCUGCCCACUAAGCCACCUCUGGUCUCACCUGCCGUUGCCACCUUCUAGAACCACCUAGUGCCCCUGCACACCUCAUAUCUUACCCUCAAACUGGAAGGCACGUCUUGGCUCUGGCAAAACUCAUCCCAGAAGCCCUGGCUUUCCUUGGGCCUUGGGCACAUCCAUGUCCUCUGGGUCCUGCUAAAACACCCAUGGAUUAUCUGCACCUCUGCUUUCUCUGGUACUGCCCACUUCUCCUCAGCUGCCUGCUAGCAUGUGGAUCCAGAAGCAUGGGGGUGGGAUGAGGCGGGCGGCCAGUAGCAUGUCCCUGGGCAGGCCCUGGGCUCCCUGUCUCCCUACUCUGACCUGAGCUGCCUUCACCUAGCACCUUCAGUUAUUACAUGCCACCUCAUCUUGCCUGCUAUCCCACUCUGGCCAAAGGCCUUGGGGGCUGGCCCCCUGCCAGGCCAUUUGGAGUAGCAUCAGUGUCAGAGGUCUGGGAACAGUCACCCUGUUCCCCAGGCUUGAAGCAGGAGAAGGCGGCAUCAUAGGCUGGUGGCCUGAUUAAGGGGGUAUGAGCCCUACAGGGGCUGGCCUGCAUAUGCCUGGAAUAUUUUCAACAAUUAAACUUUUCUAUGCUGGCCA